UCCAGCUCCAGCUCCUGCUCCUCUCACAGAGCUCUCACCCACAGCACCAUGAAGGUCCUGGCAGCCACCCUGGUCACUCUGCUCCUCCUGGCCACCCACUGCCCAGCUGAAGGUCACCUCGAUGGUGUCCCCAGCAUCUGCUGCUUCAGCUACCAGAAGCACCCCAUCCCUGUGCGCCGCGUCAGCUCCGUCUUCGUCACCAGCAGCUCCUGCACCAACCCGGGCGUGAUCGUGGUCACCCAGAAGAAGAAGCAGCUGUGUGCAGAUCCACGGGCAGCGUGGGUGCAGGAGCUCCAGAAGCACUUCCAGAGCCUGGAAAACUGAGCCUUCCCUGCUGACAGCCACAAUCCCACUCCUGCACAGCUUCCAGCCUCGGGCACAACAGAGAGGAUUUGACCCCAUGCCAUCUUCAAUGGGGAAAAUUAUUUUAUUUAACUUAUUUAAGUUAAAUUAAAUGUUGUUUUUCUAAGGAUAAAAAUUAUUUAAACUAUGUCAGAAUAAUACACUAAAAUAAAGAUAAUUUCAAUCAUA